GCCCGGCGGGACCCGGACCAGGCCCUGAGGGGCCGGGGCGGGUCAGGGGGCGGGGCCGGGCGGGUCAGGGGGCGGGGCCGGCGCGUGUCGCCCCCACCCUUCCCGCGCCGGGGUCAGCGCCGGCCGCGGGGCGGGGCCGCCCGCGAGCUCCGCUCCCAUUGGCUGCCGGGCGGAGGGGACGCGCGUGCUGACGCACCUGGCGCUGCCAUUGGCUGGCAGCGCAGAGGGGGCGGGGCGGGGCCAGCGCUGGGUGAGUGAGGGCCGGGGCGCGGCGUGAGGGGGGUCCCGGGGGGAUCCCGGGGGUCCCGGGCCCCGUUCCCUUUGGAAUCCCGGCACUCCCGGGUGCGGCGCCUCCUCGGCCUCUUUGCCUUUACUUCUUGUCUUUUUGGUUAAUUGCCCUUUUUUUCCAGCGGUGGACAGAAAGCGGGCAAGGAGAGGAGCAGAAAUAGCAACCUUCAGAAUCCCGCAGGCCUGAGGGGCGAGAGCGGUGUGGGUUUUUCCCCAAAACAACCCGAGAAAUGCUCCCCAGCCAAAGUGGAGCUGGUGGGAGACGGAAAUUCCAUCAGCAUCCGCUGCGCUCAGUGCAUUCCGUCAGCCAAGCGAUCCCCACGGGCGGUGGGAGCCGCUGCUUGGAUAGAGCCCUCCUUGUCCGCCGGCCUUUGUGCGGCGCCCUGGCCGGCAGGUCCCUUCUGACGGCGUGAAAAAGCUCAGGGAUCGCUUUUCAGGAGAGAUCCCUGCGGACCUUCCCUUUGAAAUGAAUGAAGUAGCCUCACUGUCUUCUGUUAUCUAAAAACACGGCCACGGGUAUCGUUUCUGUGAGACAAUUGAGGGCUUGGGUGUUUGGGCUGUUUUCCUGUGCUUUUUGAGGCCAGUGGAAAGUUUCCACCGUGCCUGUAGGCUGUGGUCCUACAUCCCUCCUCAGUCCUGCCCGAGGAUUUGGGAUUGCUUCUUCCUGUCGCCAGGGUUAAUCUGGAUGCGUCGCUGCCACUGGCAAUCUGACCUCUGAUUUUUUUUGGGCUUGUUGGAAAAUGGGUCUCACCCCGAUGAUGCUUCAGCUGUUUGUUAUUGGGCAAACCCAGUUUCUUGGCAUGGAGACAAGGGGGGACACUGAGAUGGCAUUGCUGUGUGCUGUGUAUUCCAGAGAGCCCGAGGCUCAGCAUCGUCCUGUGGAAGAAGCUCUGUCCUGAUGGCCGUGGAUGUGGGAAAAUCACCUUCUGAGGAGUCACUGAGCAGGAAGGCCGAGGGCGAUGGGAGGUGGGACAGCACAGACACGGAGAUGGACUUCCCGGAGCUGGCAGGGAGCCUGCACCAGCUUUUAGGGACAGAGGAAGCCGAGCCCAGCCUGCAAGGGACAGAGGGUGUGGCAGUGAGCAGACACAGUCACAUGGCCACUGAUGUUACCCAUGGAGGCUCCAGCUGCCCCCCAGAAGUGUCUUCAGCAUCUGCACCGAGAUUUCCCAGAGCAAGAGCAAACUCCUCAGAGAGAGGGUUGUUAGUGGAUAGAGCUGCUGAUGGUGGCCCUGUGCCUUGUCGAGUUGGCCGCUGGUUCCUCUCCUCAGAAGAACAGCAGGUGAAGGCAUCAGGCAGUUGGGACCUGUUGUCCAGCCCUCCCAGCAGGCACAGCUCUGCCGAGGAGAACAUCCUUGCUGGCAGCUGCCACGAUGCCCACGUUGGCCGUCGGAGACCAAGUCUGGGAGCUCAGUCCCCGUGUCCUUCCACCCCAGAGCUCCUGCGGCCCCAAACCCCGCCCAGCCCUGAGAGUGCCCUGCGGAGCCGCUCCGUGCUGAGCCUCUCUGCUCUGUCCUCAGAAGGAAAUGGCCCCUCCGAGGAGCUGUCCCGAAGCUUGCCAGCCAGCACGGAUGUCCCUUCUGCGGCUACCACGGCUGCCCAGGACCCGUGCUGCCGAUGGGGAGUGGAAGGCAGGGCCCUGCACAGGCGGGAGCCCCCGGGCACUCUGCUCGAUUACCGCAGCACCGUGGGGCGCAUCCGGGAGAUCUCCUCCUACCAAGCCAAUUACUGGGCUUGUGCCAUUCCAGAUUCACUGCCCCCAUCUCCAGACCGCAGCUCACCCCACUGGAACCCCAACAAGGAGUAUGAGGACUUGCUGGACUAUGCUUAUCCACUGAAGCCAAGGUACAAGCUGGGAAGGAUACCAGAACCUUUCCUCCAUGACUCAGGAAUAGGUCUGGACAGCUUUUCUACUUCUCCUGAGGCCAUGUCCAGGUCCACCAGCACCUACGGCCGAGCUGGGCAGGCUCGGGGAAGCAGAGAAAAUGGACUUUGGGAGUUUGUGGCCUCUGCAGAGAGAUUCUCCACCCCGAGGCCUGGAAAAAGAGGCUGCUCAGGAGCUGUCUCGUACUUUGAACCUUCACCUAUUGCCAAAGCGUCAUUUGCAAGGAGUUCUUCCUCUCACCUUUCCAGAGGUUUUGCUAAGGAUGUAAGGGUGGAAUCAUCUGGGCCAAGCUCACCUGGGCGCCCUGCUGCUGAUGGGAGAAGCUGGGAUACCAGAGGAAGCCCGUGCCCAAACUACACAGGGCAGGUGAAAAGCACCAGUAGGUUUUUACCCACCACAGGAGUGCUCCCCCUGAGGAAGGAGUGGGAGAGUGAUGAAGAAUUUCUUUCCUUGCCUCCAAGACUGAAGGAGCUGGAAAGGCUGGCUCAGUUUUUGUCCAGUCUUUCCUUAACUAUAAGGAUGCCUGGGCAUGACCACCAUAACCUUCCACAUCACAGCACCAGCAAGGAGCCUCUUUCAUCUAGGUUUGCUCCUUUUGAAGAAGUGAGAGGUGGGGAUGACAGAGGGAAUAUUGAGGGUUAUGCUGGGCUGUGGCGACACCGCGGCUCCCGAAAGCCCAGCCGGGAAAACACAGAAUUACAUGGCUGGAUCCACAGGGAUCCUCCCCGUGGGCUUCAUCUACCAACUGGUCUCAGGGACACAUUGGAUGGGAUGUGCCUGAAUGAACUACGGGUCAAGGGGCAUCCAAAGAAGAGCCAGCAGAGCGAGUCCCUUAUCCAGUGUGUUAAGAUGUUUUGCUGCCAGCUGGAAGAGCUGAUCCAUUGGCUGUACAGCGUGGUGGAUGUCACUGGCAGCUGGGUGCCACCCUCACCGGAUGCUGAGAGCGUGUUGGCAUCGCUGCACCGCUACCUGGAGUUCAGGAAGGAUGUGGCCGACCACCGGAGCCUGACUGAGAGUGUGCUGGAGAGGGGAGAAGCCCUCCUGGACUGCAUGGCAUCGAAUUCACCAGCUCUGAAAGACACGCUGGCUCUGAUUGCCAAACAGUCAGAAGAGCUCGAAAGCCACGCAGAGCACCUGUACAAGUCCAUCCUGGCUGCUGUGGGCCCCGUGCGGGGCAAGGACGCGGGGCAGGACAAAGGGGAUGCCGCACACGGCUGCUCCCUGGGUGCUGCCUCUGUCAGACCUAGGCUGCGUUAGCCUAUCUCAGGAGGACUGAGAAGAAUUGCAGCAAGCACCAAAUCACCUCCAUCACCUCUUCAGAGAUGCCAAAAUUUAUGUCCAGUUGCCCAUGGGGCUGAUUUCACUGUGGGUUUGUGCCAUGGCUUGAGAAAGGUGCCCCGUACAGCAGGUGUCCUGGGAUGUCCAGAGUUGUGUAAGGAAUGUACAGCUGGCCUUUUCUGGUUUGUUUUUUUAACAUAGCUUCCCUUUUUUUAUUGAAGUGGGCUGUUCUGUGUUAGCAAAAUGUCAGAAACAGUUUUUAAACUGAGCAAUCCAUAGUGUGCCGUGCGCUUGCUAAGUAAAGUCGUGUGAUUUUAAUAGCCCUGUUCUCAUGGUUUGUUUAUGCUCGUCAAAAAUAGGUGCGAGAAGCCAAGAAAUAGCAACUCCUUCUGGUUCUUGGGAGCAAACUGAAGGCCUGUUUAUAAUUACCACUCCCUGCUGAAGCAGAGCCUACUUAACUUUCAAUUUUGUUAUUCAUAAACACAAAAAGCGGUAAGACUGAAUCCAAAUAAAAUAAUAAGUGAGUUCAGGCAGGGAGGAGCCAGGUUCUGUGUAACCUGCUGCUACCUGCUGCGGGCAGGAGCUGGGUUAGUGCUGUGCUGGUUUCCUGGGGUGAAGUUGUGCCUUCCCCCCUUCCAGCUACUGCAGUUAAGUCACUGCUGAGAACAUUCAUCAAGGGUUUCCACACCCUUUCUCCAACAGAAAAAGGGCAGCUCUGAAGCAGCAUAAGGUAAGUGGCCAAAGAAAGUUACAGAAUGUUGGUACUUGGCUUUAAUUAACCUUUAACCUUAACGGUGAUGAUGUAUUCUGCACAAGAACAGGAUGAUUUCCUCCCAUUCCAAUGAACAGAACAGAGAGAAGUUUCUGUUCUGUACAAGUGAGAGGUGAAAGCAAAGUUAAACUGAAGCAGUUACAGCAAAUAAUUCAUUGGGGUUUGUGGGGGAGUGUAAUAUCCGUGGGUUUUGCGGGCUGUAAAAUCUAAUCCUGGCUAGUAUAGGGCUCUGCCUGCACGGAUAUUACACAGACGAAGCAAAAGACGAGAAGCGCUCUUUCUCCACGUGGUUCUAAUGUCUGUUUUAUUGGCUGGAAAGGGACAUCUGCGUGGAAGACCAUCCAGGUGGAAAAAGAGGAAGUGGUCCAAUCCCAGAGAAUAUUUAUACCCGAGGGAAAGGGGGCAGGGAUGGAAGACUGCAGCCAAUGGGAGACCACUGAGGAGGGGUGAGGGGAGGGGUUACAAGGGCACAGACGACCAGGGAGUGAAUGGAACAUACCAUAUGAGGGAAAAGGGGUACAAUCCAUGUGACAUAACAUUUCAAAUCACCCAGUGCAAUACAACAACUAUUUAGUGCACUUGCAACAGGGGAGGGUUGGUAUUCUCCCAUCUUCUACAUCCUUGAAGGGCAAAUUUUUUUUGCCCCUUGUGGCAAAAAUAGUCAAUAUUCAGCUCACAGGUAAGAAACAACAGUGCCUUUUCCCAGGAGUUUUAGGCCUGCUCUACCCUCAUCACACAGCUCAGCCUGACAACCCCAAGCUACAUAAUGGAACAGCACCAGCCCAGUGACCCAUUGGUGACUGAGGGGGAAACAAAGAACCACCAAACACCUGGUGUAGCCCAACUGGUUUUGCAAUGCUUUUAUUUCUGUAUAUAUUAACAUUGGUUUGGAUAGUAUGUAGCAGGCAUCUCGACAUUGAAGUUCAUUUGUGCACUCUCUGCAGGGAAGAUGUUUUUACCCUCAACACACCUCCUUCUGCUUCACUUCCUGAUCUCAGCAGUACUCACUGCUCCUCCUGCUCCUGAGGAGCAGCAGGUCACAUUUAUAAUGAAUUAUACCAACAAGCACAUCUCUACUAGAAAGCACAUCACUUUAUUGUGAAGGUCUCAAGUGGAAGAGUUCAACUUAACCAUGACAAUACUUUAUGUAUUACAAUUGCCUGUUGAUUUAUGCAACUAUGUUGAAGAAAGCUGUUAGCCAAAGUCACCCCCCCAAAAAAAAAUCAGAGGAUAUUUGCACCAGUUUUAGUUUAUACCUCACAACAUACCUAGGCUAUAUUUUUACUAUCACAGGGUGUAUUUACUACUAGGGGAAUGUUACAUGGUCUUUCAAACAUGAGACUAUUUACAGAAUAGGCUGAACAUUUGAGUUUAGAUAAAGCUGAACAAUUUUACAUGUAUAGGAAGUGUUAUAGGCUAGCUUUCCUGUGGCUUUUAGCUAGACAUCAGGCACUAAUGAUUUGAUUAGCUCUGUACAAAGAAUCACACACCAUCCAAAACCUCUUGGCUGCUGGUUAGUUCCAAAUUGAGAAAGCGCCUACUUUGAGCAACAGUAUGGUGGGGGCCUUGCUAUCCCCAUGUCACCCUCCUGGUGCCUCGCUGCAGAAGGGAAUAGAAGCUAAGCUGUUGCACUAAGUCAGAAGGUACUGAUUAAAAGAGGAUGGAAUUAACAGUAUAUAGAAAAGACAUAAUAUACUGGUAGAAAGUCAUACCUCCUCAAGGUUUCGCUGAAAUCAUUCUUGUUAGGGAAAUACUGUUCUCUCCCCUGCUAUGCAAAGCUGACAGGAAUUCCCUACAUAGAGUCCUUGAGAAAUAAAUUAAGUUCCAAGACUAAGUUAGGGAACUGUUGUACAUUCAGAGUGCAUUAUGCCUCAUGAACCUUGGCUGGGUGUUUCUGGUACAGCACGCGUGCCUUAAAGCACCAUGACAGCUCAGGCUUUGGGGCCACAGUCACUGGGCGAGUUGCAGGGAAGGUCUGAGAGCCAUGGCUGCACACACAGAUAUGUUGUUUUGUGCACAAUGCAAGCCUGAUUUCCCCCUUAGCCAUACAAAUUAAGACAAUAUUUAUCACCAUACAGUUUGAUAUUACUUCCAAUAAGUACAAUAUUUAUUAAACAUUUUUUCAGUUUUGUUACAUAUUGUGCAACAAAUUACAAUAUUCUGCAGCCACAAAUUAUAUGCAGAGUAUGAAGAAACUAUUAAUCAGAUAGUGUGAUCUCUCCAUUUAUAAUUCUACAAGAAGGAACUAGCAAAUCAGAUCUUACAUAUAUCUUACUAAAUUUUAUGCAUGGAAAGUGACAGACACUGUUGUGCUGUUUGAUACAAAAUGGCUAAACUUCAUCUUCAGAAGACUAAACCUGACAUCUAAACAUGCCAAUAGAAACAUCAAAACAAAAAUACAUCCUAACCAA